GAGCGGGCGUUUCGUUCCCAAGUCCAGAGAAGGCUUGUUCCUAUCCCCUCUUCCUUAUCGCUCAGCAUCGGCGGUGACUCCAGCCCGUAUCGGCCCCCUCGGGCAGGCGAGGAAAGGCGAGGGACGCCAGCAGGAGCACCACCACCACCCGCAGCGCUACCAUCAGUGCCACCAAACGGGACCACUACCACCAGCAGCAGCAGCAGCAGCAGCAGCCGCCCCGUCGCUCCCCACCUGUCCCUGGAGGAGGCGGCCGGAGCAGCGAUCGUCGCGGAGCGGCGUCUGGUGCCCGCGACCCCAAGACCCUGCGCCGCGGCCCCGCGGUGCCGCGUCCCGCUCACCCAUGAGCGCCGCCGCUCUCUACAGCCUGGACUCCCCGGCAUGUUAUAAGAGCUGGUGCCAGGAGCCCGCCAACUUUUACGACGCCAAGGUGGGCAGCUGCGGAGGGCCGGGUCCCGUCUGCAAGGCAGGGGCCCGCGGCGGCUGCGGGAUGAGCGGCGAGGAGGCGGGGGGCGGCCUGGGGGGCAGCGGCACCAACCUGGCGGAGCUGAGCGCCGCCGCCCCGGCCAUGUACGAGGACGAGAGCGCCAUCGACUUCAGCUCCUACAUUGACUCCAUGUCGGCCGUGCCCAACCUGGAGCUGUGCAACGACGAGCUCUUCGCCGACCUCUUCAACAGCAACCAUAAGCCCGAGCGGGGCGGGGACUACGGCGAGUACCUGCCGCCGGGCGGCGGCGCCGGCCGCGACCCCGCCAAGGACCUGGGCGCUGCCAUGACCACCCUGCUGGGCGCCGAGCCCCGCACCGCCUCCUCCGCCUCCUCCUCCUCCUCCUCUUCCUCCUCCUCCUCCUUCUCCCGCGGCGCCCUGAAGCAGGAGCCGGACUGGAGCGACAGCGACCUUUCCUCCUCCUUGCUGCCCUCGCAGAUCGCCACCUGCGCCCAGACCAUCAUGAACCUGAGCGGGCAGCCCACGCCCCCCACCUCCCCCGAGCCGCCGGGCAGCAGCUCCCCCUCCAGCUGCAGCACCCGCUCCCCGGGACCCGCCGGGGGAUCCUCCGGGACGGGGCAAGGGGUCCCGCAGCCGCCGGCCGCCGGCGGGAAGGAGCGCGGCGGGAAGAAGUGCGUGGACAGGUUUAGCCCCGAGUACCGGCAACGCCGGGAGCGCAACAACAUCGCGGUGCGCAAGAGUCGCGACAAGGCGAAGCGGCGCAACCAGGAGAUGCAGCAGAAGCUGCUGGAGCUCUCGGCCGAGAACGAGAAGCUGCACAAGAAGAUCGAGCAGCUCACCAGGGACUUGACCAGCCUCCGGCACUUCUUUAAGCAGCUGCCCAGCGCCUCCUUCCUGCAGCCCGGCACGGGCACCGACUGCCGGUAACCGGGGGGGGAACGGGACAGAGAGACGGACUCCGGGAGACUGUGGAUAAAUACCUCAGAGGGCCGGGCCGAACCGGACUAGACAGGGCAAGGCCGAGCCGAGCCGAGCCUUUGCCGGGGCCGGGCCAGGAGCGGGGAGGAGGCGCGAAGCCGCGGCGGGACCCUCCGGCCCGCGGCCGCUUUGCUGGAUGUUGUAGCGACGUGGGGCGAUGCCUGGGUCUUUCACCACGAAACUUGCAAAAAAAAACAAAAACAAAAAAAGGAAAAAAGCUAAAUAAAAGCUAAAUACCUUUUUUUUUCUUGUUUUCAUUGUUUUUCUCUCCCCUUAAAUUAUUUUUGUAAUGGUAGUUUUCGUCUUUUCUACACUUCGCUCAUACCGAUGCAGCUAUGGUACAUCUGUUAAAAUGAUUCAAAAAACCCCAUGUAUUUUAGACAGUAGGAUGAAAAAGAAAAAAACCAAAAGACUGAGCAUGCUCGACCUUUUAUAUCAAUUUUUACAGCAUUUCUAAGAAUAAAAAAAAAGCAUUCUAAAAUCAA